UUGGGGUCGACUAUUGCACUGGUGCUAUCUGGAUCCGGUAGACGGAGAUUGUUUGAGAACGUGGCUUCACAGUAUUACUUUUUAGUAUAGGGAAAUGCGCGGCGCAGGGAAAUGCAGAUAGCCCUAUAGACAGCUGUGAAGGACAGUUACCAGCCGGCAGCGCAGUUUAUAGCUAAUAUCCGACAAGAUUCGCAGAAUCUCAGCCCGGCAUUACAGCAGCUUUCUGCAGGAAUUGGUGAAACGUUAGCGAGCUUAGCUACCUGAUCUCAGCUGCAGCGCAAUACUUACCAGCCAAGAAGCCCCUUAAAUCAGUAAGCCAGCUGGUUGACUCCACGGUGUAUUCAACGGUAUUCGUAUCAUAAAGUCAAGAGAUGACAGAAGGCAACAACAUGAUGGACAAUGAAUAUGAUCCAACGAAAGACACCAUCUCCAAAGAGCCUGCGGAGGAGGACGACGAGAAGAGAGCGGAAGAGAAGCGCCUGAACGAGGAGGAGAAGAAGGAGAACGGGGAGAGCAAGUUAACCACCUCCGAGCAGGUCCAUGGGACCGCCGAGACAGAGUUCGAGCCUCCGGAAGGAGGCUGGGGAUGGGUAGUCAUGCUCGCCGCCAUGUGGUGCAACGGAUCGGUGUUCGGGAUCCAGAACGCCUUCGGCAUCCUCUUCGUGUCCCUCCUGCGGGAGUUCGGCUCAGAAGACGACAAGGAGCUUAGGUUCAAAACAGCGUGGGUGGGCUCCCUGUCCAUGGGUAUGAUCUUCUUCUGCUCCCCCAUCGUCAGCAUCUUCACCGACCUGCUGGGCUGCAGGAUGACAGCUGUGGGCGGGGCCGCCGUGGGACUGGUGGGACUGCUGGCUAGCUCCUUCGUCAAGUCCCUGGGCCCCAUGUACUUCACGUACGGCAUCGUGUUCGCCUGCGGCUGCUCCUUCGCCUACCAGCCCAGCCUGGUCAUCCUGGGCCACUACUUCAAGAAGCGGCUGGGGCUGGUGAACGGCAUCGUGACGGCGGGCAGCAGCAUCUUCACCGUCUCCCUGCCCUUCAUGCUCUCGGCGCUGCUGAAGCAGGUGGGCCUGCAGAACACCCUGCGGGUGCUCAGCGUGUUCAUGUUCAUCCUCAUGCUGGCCGGCUUCACCUACAAGCCCCUGCUGCCCCGGCCUGCCGUCAGCAGCAAGAGCGGCAGCCGCUGCCCGCCCAUGAACAAGAUCUUCAACGUCAACAUCUGGAAGUCCCUGGGCUACCGCAUCUGGGCCUUCGGGAUCCCCGCCGCCCUCUAUGGAUACUUCGUCCCUUACGUUCACUUGAUGAAACACGUGGAGGAGAAAUUCGGCGAGGACGCCAACAAAGAAGUUCUGCUCAUGUGCAUCGGCAUCACCUCCGGGGUGGGCCGUCUGAUUUUUGGCAGGGUGGCGGACUACGUGCCCGGCGUCAACAAGGUGUACCUGCAGGUGGUGUCCUUCCUGGUGAUCGGCCUCAUGUCCAUGAUGAUCCCCCUCUGUAACAUCUUCGGCGGCCUCAUCGCUGUCUGCCUGCUCAUGGGGCUGUUCGACGGCUGCUUCAUCUGCAUCAUGGCUCCCAUUGCCUUUGAGCUGGUGGGCUCCCAGAACGUGUCCCAGGCCAUAGGGUUCCUGCUGGGCAUGAUGUCCGUGCCCAUGACAGUGGGGCCUCCCAUUGCAGGGUUCCUGAGGGACAAGCUGAGCUCCUACAAUGUGGCGUUCUACCUGGCAGGUAUCCCACCCAUCAUCGGGGGGGCGGUGCUGUGCCUCAUCCCCUGGGUGGAGGCGAGGAGGAAGAGGAGGGAGCGUGAGGUGCUGCCGGAUGACGCGGUCAAGGUGCUGGACUACAAGAAGAACAACAGCGAGUGUCCCCCAGAGGGCGCUAUAUGCGAAAAGAUGUCAGACCCCGAAUCGGUCAUCUGAUUCCGUUAAACUCACAUGCAUGCACGUACACACACACACACACACACACACACACACACAUAUAUACACACACACACACACAUAUAUGUUUCAAUCUAUUUCAACAAACUGCUGAAUCUGUUUAUGACAUACAGCUAUACGAGUAUACAUAUUUACCUGUGUGUAUGUAUAUAUAUAUGUAGAAAAACAGUAUUUUAUGGCUGCUCUUGCAGGAAACCCUAGGGAAAAACCUGAAGCAACACUGAAUAUCAGUGAAACGCAGUAAUACACAGCUGAUUUAAAACUGAACGUGAUCUAAGAGCUAUGCAUUGCCAAGCUGUUUUUCCCAGAAAUCUUCCAGCUGUAGAAUAGCUCAGAAGUUAAACACAGAAACGAGGAAAAACACUUAUUACAAGGGAAAGCAUGUUUCGCAAAGGCAGUUAUUUUCAGGCACUUACAGGAAUAUGUGUGCUGAUGUCUGAAAUUUUCUGUCCUUGGAGCAGUGGAGAUGUGGAAGUCAUUGGCCAGCACUGGCCCAUGUUGCCACCAGUAAACCUCGUGUUUAGAUGUACCCCCAUCACGAGCAGCUAGGGUUGUCUUCUAUCCGAAACAGAAAUACUUGAUUGCAUAUGAAAAUAACCUCGUAAUUGAAAAAAGUAAUUAAUGUUUUGAAAACAAAACCCAGAGAAAGUGUUUGGUUGACUGUACGUGGUCUUUAUACAGCUGACUGGUAAAGUUUGCAAACCAGACAUUUUCAUUUUGUUUAUUCUUUUUCAGAGACAAACCCUAGGUGCUCUUGAAGGAGUAACUGAACAUUUUUUUGUGGCCAAAGAAGUCAAUAAUAGCUUUUUGAGUGUCUCCAGGCGAAUACAAAACUGGUGUAGACUCUUUAAGGUCCACCAUAAUUUGAAGUAAGCUAUCACCAAAUCUUAAUAGACUCCCAAAAAGAGGGUCAUACUAUGCCUUCCACGCAUCACUGAUAAAAAUGUAAUAUCCAUUCAUAAUAUAAUGAAUUGAGUUGUUAUAGAGCUGAACUCUGCUUGAGGCACUACCUGAAGAAUUCCACAGGCAGUUGGAAUCGACAGAAAUCAGAAGAACACUGCCUCUGCUUCUUAAAAAAAAAAACAACCUCAGUUUUAUUUUUCCAUUUAUGUCAGAUAAAUCUGAGAUAAUUAUUAUUUUUAAUACAGUAGAAUAUAUGGGUUAAUAAGACUUUUGUAAGUAUGCCAAGAUUGUGAAUGUAUGGAGACUGUAUGUGAAAAUGUUUUGAUACGAUGUGAGCUGGGCAUACGAUAUCACUUCAAAGAAGUGCAUCAUAAAGACGGGCGUGGGAGGCGGGGCAUUUUUUAAGUGGUAGUAGAUUUUUUUUUUUUUUUUUAGUUUAAAAGGUGCUGGGUCGCCUCACGGGAGCAGCUUAAAGCACAAUUCCAGUAUCUAAAGUAUCCCACAAACGCAAAGGCGUCAGAGCUGGAGCCGUGUCUGAGUCCUUGCCAGACCUCUCUAGCACCGAUGCUUUUUUUUUUUUAAAUGUUGUUGACCCUCAUGUCGUUUUCUCUGCGUUAGCCAGGGGUCAGCACGUGUGGCUGACCUGACACACAGACUGAAAAUCCUCUUCAGUGUUAAACCAUUAUUACCACGGUAAUCUAUUUACACACAUAUUUUACAAAGUAUUUGAGGUUGAGCUGCAUUUCUGGUUCUCUAUGCAACACGAAUGUGAAUUAGCUCUGGAAUGCUCUAUAACAGAUUUAUUACUUUUUUUGUAAGAAACAGUGAAUGAAUGAAUUGCAUUAAUUUCAGUUGUAAGGUGCAUGUGGUUCUGUACGAUGUAUUUUCUUAAAUUUCACACAUAUCAAAAUGCCAGGAUUGUACUACCAGCACCAUAGUAAACCUUGUGAAGGUUUACCAUCACAGACCUAUUAUUACUUACUCUGCUUUUAACCACAGUUUGAAAGUCACAUUGAUAAAACAUCAAAAACAUUGGUUAAGCAUUGACUGUGUGUUCAAAUAUAUACAAUAGAAAUGAGCUAAUAUUAGCUUAUAUUAUUUAUAAUUUCAUUUCCUUUUAGUUCUGUUUUGGAUUAAGAAGUCACAUUUUCAACAAAUAUUGCAUUUAUUAAACUCAUUGCCAUAUUGGUUGACCUGCAGUAUAUAUUUGAGGUACUGUUGUCCUGAUGGUCAAGCAUGUUAUAUUUUGCCUUUUUAGAUUCUAUGGGUUUCCUUGAAGUGCAAAAAAAGCUGAAUGUCAAAGAAAGACAGUUUAAAUUAGCCAAAGUACAGUGUUUUGGAAGCGUCAGUACACUUACUUCUUUCACACCCUCUUGGGGUAGAGCAUGAAAAUCUUAAGGGUUUUCAGGUUUAUAAAUGAAACACUCACCUUCAUUUAUUCAGCUGUUGUCAUAAUUUAGGGCUGUCCAGGAAAACUUGGUAACUCCACCCCACUUUGACAUCCAUGUGUAGGACAAUUAUCUUGAGAUCACUUUCAUUCCAGUUGAACAGAACUGGAAGUGCUAAGACCACCCCCCAGCCUUCCCCAGAUGUGUCAGCUGUGUGUGGGUUACCAGGUUUUUCCAGGACACCCCUUGCAAUACAAUCUACCUCAAAUGACAUGCAAAUUCCUGCAAUUCUGUCAUGAAGCUAGAAGGGAAUCAAUUGCAGAACAAAUCCAUGGCAUUCAUUGAGGUCUGACAAAAACAUGCUAGCGCAGCACCGCCACUAGGGAAGUUUCACAGGAAACACUUACCCCCCCCCCCCCCCCCUCUUUU